AUGAUCAAGUUUGCACUGUUUGCGGCGCUGGUAACGGUUGCGGUGGCUAGGAGAUCACCUCAUGCUGACUACAUCGAGGAGUUGGUGAAGCAGAACGAAGGCAGGUACUCCACCGAUGUGGUUGAAGAUGCCCUUCUCGAUGUCCCUGGUUUAAUCAGAAAAUAUGGAUAUCCCGUGGAAGUCCACACAGUGGUUACAUCUGAUAACUACGUACUGGAAGCUCAUAGGAUCCCCCAUGGCAGAGAUCAGAACAACGAGCCGGGAGUCAGACCGGUUGUCUUCCUUUUCCAUGGUCUCUUCUCUUCGUCAGCUGAAUUCUUAGUCCUAGGCCCAGGGACAGCUUUAGCUUACCUUCUCGCCGAGGCCGGUUUCGACGUGUGGCUAGGCAACGCCAGAGGAAACUACUAUUCGAGGAACAACCUCGUGUUGGACCCUGAUGAUUUGCGCAACCCAGAGUUCUGGAAGUUCGGCUGGGAACAAAUUGGCAACAUUGAUCUGCCCACACUACUCGACUAUGUGCUUGCGGAGACUGGUCAAUCACAGCUUCAUUAUAUCGGCCACUCCCAAGGCUGUACUUCGUUGCUCGUCCUCAAUUCUCUGCAACCUUCGUACAAUGAGAAGGUCAUCUCGUUCCAUGCUCUGGCGCCCGCUGCCUUCUUUAAUAACAAUGAAUUGCUCGCAUUCAAGCUUGGAGCACAUUUCAGCGCACCUCUUGAAGUAAGACAAGUUAACACUACAUUAACGCCAGUGAUCCUCGGACACGCACCAGCUGGCUCUUCAGCACGCCAACUCUCUCAUUUCGGACAGAGCAUCACCAGCAAGGACUUCAGAAGAUUCAACUACCUACCAAUCGAAAAUAUCGAGCUGUACAACCGUCCUGUACCCCCAUCGUACGAUCUCUCACAAGUUGAUUUAAAUAAAAUUUAA